CAUUGUAAUACCUAAAGUAUCUGUCCACCGUCAAUCUAUAUGGCUUUUGUAACAUAACCUUCUGCGAUCCGGCAUUCAGUCUUGCCAAUGAACGAGACAUUUACUUACGUGUCAAUUUUUGCGUAUAUCCCUAAACGUAAACAAGAACAAUAAUAAUACAAAAUGAAUUGGACUUUGUGGUUGUUUAUAAUCGGAUCUUUUUGCUGUAAAUAUAUACAUGCUCAAAUGCAAAGAGUUCCACCAGGUGUAUCACCACAACACUAUCAACAACCUGUUCAACAAGUACAUCAUGCAUCACAACAAAUUCCACAACAACAGUUCCAGCAAGUACCAGGGCAGGUACCAAUGCAUCACGUUCCAGUUCAACAAGUACCUGUGCAACAACAUAUGCCAACACAUCAAGUACCAGUUCAACAAGGAUAUGGUCAUGAACAUCCACAACAAAUACUUGACCACAACAAAAUAGUUAAUGAGAAAGCACAUAUUGCAGAGCAUAUGGAAGUACCAAUAGAUAUUAGUAAAAUGACAGAGCAGGAAUUGCAAUUUCAUUAUUUCAAAAUGCAUGAUGCAGACAACAAUAACAAGUUAGAUGGUUGUGAAUUAAUAAAGUCAUUGAUGCAUUGGCAUGAACAAGGUAACAAAGAAGCAGGUGAAGGCAACACUAGGAAAAACUUAUUCAAGGAUGAGGAAUUGGUUAUUUUAAUAGAUCCAAUACUUUCUGUAGAUGACACUAAUAAUGAUGGGUAUAUUAAUUAUCCUGAAUUUAUAAAAGCACAGCAAAAUGCAGGAGUAGGCACCGGCGGCCGUCAGUAGUUGCAUGUAGCAGUACAAUGUUACAUGUAAUUAAACAAUAAUUUAAUUCCGUUUCGAACAAAACAUACAGUUCCAUUUAUAAACAUUUCACCAUCUUCACUUGUUAGAGUAUGAGUAUUGAUAGUGAUACAAUAAUGCCUUGGAAAUUGGCCGGUUGCUAUCCCCGCCAGUUCUUAGAACUGGCUACCUGCUUGUUCCCAGUAGUCAAGUUUGGUUAUGUUUUUUAAAUCUACUUAGAGAUAUCGAUGUGCCGUCUCUAUCUCACUUACACUUGCAGAAAGAAACACACUCGGUCCGAACGUCUGCCAAUAUCCAAGGCAUCGCUAUACCACUAUUUUACAUACAUUAACAUCGUACUUACUUUGUCUAUCCCUUUUAAAUAAAAAUUGAAUUAAAUAAUUAUGUAUAUAAUAAACACCAUUCGUUUCAUAAAAUAAAAAUAAAUUUAUUUUUUGUAUUUCCAACUACAAUUUUUUCUGACAUAUGUAUAUUAUUUGUGCUUGAAAAAAUUGCACUGUAAUACACACAUAGAAAAAAUAAUUGGAAUAAUGAUUAAAUAAAGCAAUUAUUAACAUUUUGCAAUUAAUAUAUCGUGUGUUAAAGGUAUCCUGGAAAAUACCUGUCAUUCCAUUUAUUAGAAUUGUUUUUAUAUUCGUUCGUUGUACAUUAAAGAUAACCGAUCUUUAAACAAUGCGAGACUGGGAAUUCAAUAACAA